UCAGUGCAGGUGGAGGAUUAAAUAACCGCUGCUGCUGCGCAAAAACUUUCCACCCGGAGAUCUUUUAUUCUAGCGAGGACACUUUACUGCUGCUGCCAACAUGCCUAAAUGCCCCAAGUGCAACAAGGAAGUGUACUUUGCCGAGAGAGUGACAUCUCUGGGUAAGGACUGGCACAGACCCUGUCUAAAGUGUGAGAAAUGCAAUAAAACCCUCUCUGCAGGCUCCCAUGCAGAGCAUGAAGGAAAGCCGUACUGUAACAACCCAUGUUACUCUGCACUCUUCGGACCCAAAGGGUUCGGACGUGGAGGCACCGAGAGCCACACAUUCAAGUAAAUACACACUUGGGUGCAGGCUUUAGGUUUCCUCCCUCUACAACCCAACACGGGAAAAUAGGACACCAUGCCUCAAGUGUUUUUUAUCUAUAUAUAGCUCAACCAAAGAAAAAAGUGACCAUGCCAUGGACCUCUGAGUGGUGAUUCCUGAGAUGUGGAUUAAGCCUGAAUUUAGACAAAAAUGUUUUUUUCACUUUAGUCCAAACCCAGGCUUAAUGUAGUGUCAGAAAUAAAACCCAGUAGGUUUUAGUUUGCAGAAUGUAAUGUAGUUUAAUAUACAUAAAACCAUGGAAUGAGAUUUGGGAGUUCUGAAGCACUAUACAAAAUAAUUUUUGUAAUUAAACAUUGAGAUGUAAACAUUCA